AUGUCUGUCAUCCAAAAGAUUGCGGAAAUUGAAGCUGAAAUGGCUAAGACACAAAAAAAUAAAGCCACCAAUGCACAUUUGGGAAUUUUGAAGGCAAAACUUGCUAAACUUCGUCGUGAAUUGAUAACACCGAAAAGUGGUGGAAAAGUUGCUGGUGAAGGGUUUGAUGUGGCAAAGACUGGUGAUGCUAGAGUAGGUUUCGUAGGGCACAUUUGA